AUGGGCGAAAGUGAAUCUCAGCUGCAUCCUAACAACUUGGGUAGUGGAAAAGGUGAUCCUCGGUGGUAUGGGCGGUGUUGUUCUGACCUAGCUUUGGUCUCUGAAGCUUGCUCUCACGGUGAGGCAAGUAAAAGUGUGGUCCUUGUUGUUUGCCCCCUCGGUGGGGCAAACAAAUCCUUGGCCCAAAGCAUUCCUUUUCUUCUAUUGUUGCCAUCUUUGAAGGCCAGCUUUCCUAGGACCACAAGCGGGAAAAACCAGGCGUUUUCAGCAACAAAAUGGAGCCCGGGCAAGAGGUGGGGGCCAGCAGCCUGGGCUGGCCCGAGGUGGGGUUCGGCCCGAGUGCUUGCCUGCGGGCUGAGCUAA